AUGCAGACUUUCAUCUUAAAGGUUACUGUUUUCCUGCCUUGGUGCCUGGCCUUCCCAGUGCCCCCUGCUACAGACCUUAAAGGACUGGACUUUGUUAAGAACUAUUUCCAUCAGCUUUUCCUGACCAAGAGGGAGUUGCCACUCUUCACCCAAGAGGACAAGAUACAGCGCCUGAAGCAGUUCCAUCUGAACGAGACAGGCCUACAGGAUGAGCAGAUGCUGGUUGUGUCACGUCAGCCCCACUGUGGAGGAAAUGAUGGGGCUAAGGACUCCACUUUCCCAGGAAGUUCUACGUGGGAUAAGCACACUCUGACCUACAGGAUUAUCAAUUACCCAAGAGAUAUAAACCCAUCCACAGUGAAAAAUAUCAUGCAAAAUGCAGUUUCCAUCUGGAGUAAUGUGACCCCUCUGAUUUUCCAGCAAGUGAAAAGUCAAGAUGCAGAUAUCAAGAUUUCUUUUUGGGACUUAGCCCAUGGAGAUUGUUGGCCCUUUGACGGACCAGGUGGUGUCUUAGGUCAUGCCUUUUUACCAAAUUCUAGAACUCCAGGAGUUAUCCACUUUGACAGAGGAGAACAUUGGUCAACUUCAUACAGAGGGUUUAAUCUGUUCCUGGUUGCCAUUCAUGAGCUAGGUCAUUCCCUGGGCCUGCUGCACUCCAAGAGUCUGAACUCCAUAAUGUACCCUAGAUAUGUGAAUCGGGACCCUAGAACCUUCCAUCUUGAUGGUGAUGAUAUCAAAAGAAUCCAGCAACUCUACGGAGAAAGAUGUUCAUCUGAAAUGCCCCAGUGCUGGCACAGAAGAAUCAUUCAACCUGGGUUUCAGUGGUUUCACUGGAAGACAAAGAACUCAAAGCCUUAA